AAAAUCUUAAAAAUUAAACGCUAACUUCUUUACUACUAGUAGUACUAUUAUUACAAUUGCCAAACUGAUAAGAUUAUAGAAAGCCAAGAAAGUUGGUCAAACAGGAAAUUAGUACGUUAUAUAUAAAAGAUCCUUGUUUGCCAGGUGGUCAUCACAUACUGGAUGAUUACAGGCGCAGUCCUUUUUACCAGGCUGAGAGUCCCAGUAGUUUGAUCUGUGAUAAGUUUCUUGAACAUGGGUGGUACAAGUUUGAAAUAAAUGGAACCAUGGCUCGUAUACCAACAUCUUGUCCAGAGGUGAAUCACUGUGGUACUCAAGCACCAAUAUGGCUGCCUAUGAACAUUUCACUCCAAGCUGGUCAGGUUCAUCAAGUAAAUUAUUGUACCACUUGGGUUAUUCCUGGAUCUCAGUCAUCUGGAUGUUGCACUUUUAGAGACUUUUUGAAAGUUAAAAACUGUGGCAGUUUCCUGGUAUAUCACUUACGGCCAACCCGUGGCUGCCACAUGGCCUACUGUGCAGAGAUAGUAGAGCUUUCUGAAACUGUUAUUGGCUUAUCUAGACCACCUCGUAUUAGACCAAGAGUGAUUCAGCAAGAAAUUGUCCUAAUUUGUGAGUUUGACAUACAUGUCAAUGGUGUCAGUGUUGGAAGGACAUCAGAAUUGGAUAAAUUUGUUUCGAUAAGUUGGUUUAAACUAGAUGAAGAAAACAAGAGAAGAAUUCACCUACAAACAUUUCAAGCUACUUCAAAGCAGGAUGAGUUACUGGUAGUUGGGAAGCAUGCUCAUCUUGGUGAAAUGGUGUUAUGUAUGGUGAAACUUCAACACAAAAAUACUAAAAGUGUAAGGAAUUCAUCACUAAGAAGUGAACCUUUUUACCUUGGUAUCAGAGCAGAACCUCAAAAUCUUGUCAUAUCAGAAAAUGGAAGUUUUCAUCCCAUAACAUUGACUUCCUCACUGCCAUACAGAUGCACAAAACAUGACUACAAAGGCUGUAAGCUUCUGAUUCAGUUAAGAACAAGAGCAAUGUCUAGCUCUAUUCAAUCUUCAGAUGUGGCUCUUUCAUCAUGUAUAGUUCACCUUCCAGUAAGAGAACAAUGCCAGAAAAAUUGUGGUACUGGUAGGUUCUUUGUUACAGCCAUUCAAGACCUGAUUGAGGAAAGUUCAACAAAGAAUAUUAUUGAAGCAAAACUACUUGGUGUAGAAGAUUCCCUUUGGACUGAGUAUAAGAUACCUGAUGUUGAGGUCACCAUUCAAGAUAUUCCCUUUGGCUGGUGCUAUUCAUUCACCGAACCACAUUACAUUACAUUUGACUCUAGGAGGUUUGAUUACUACAAAACUGGAACGUUUGUUUUGUACAGAAAUACUCUUCGUAAUUUUGAGGUUCAUGCACGUACAUGGCUCUGUGAUAGUUCUCAUAAAUCUGUAUCAUGUAACUGUGGUUUCGCUGCUCUGGAAAACAAUGACCUGGUUAGAGUGGAUGUAUGUGGUCCCAAACUUCUCAAUACUACACCCAGUAUUUUUAUGACAUCUUUGGGAAAUACAGAACCUGAAGCAAAGAUUAUCAAGUCAAAACAAGGGAAAAUUUUGACUGUCUUGUUUCAGUCUGGUUCUUUUGUUCGUGCCAUUUUUGAGAAAUGGGGAAUUUCCAUUGUCUUGAGAGUUCCUGGUUUGGACUUUGGUCACACUCGUGGACUAUGUGGAAUAUUUGAUAAAGAUCCAACCAACGAUUUCCAUGACACUGAUGGGAAUAUUCUUGAUUCUGAUGUUAAUAAGUUUUUUAGUAUUUGGAGUUUAGAUUCUGGAGAGAGUCUGUUCGAUGAAAUCCCGUAUGAAACUUUCACUUCAUCCAACCAUCAUAGUUGUAUGUGUAGUUCUCCUGUAUUCAAGCCCACUUCUCAUUCAAAUAGGAAUUUAGGUGUUUCAAAAUACUCUGUUUUCUCACAGAAUGGAUAUGUGUUUCAUAAUCAUCAUGAAUGCAAUUCAUCCAACAAUCUUAACUGUGUGAAAUCCUGUGAAGUUCCAAAAAUACUUGACUUUCACCAUUUGUUAUAUCACAUUGAUAUAACAAAAACUGUGGUAUUAGAAAAAGGGUAUAAAAUUGUGGAAGAAAAUGGUGAAGUGCGAGAUAUAAACAUAAAUAAGCGGUAUUCUGGAAUUAGUAAUGAAUUCUAUUGGUUGAAUAAUAAAUCAUCAGGAUAUAAUGAGACAGAUAUCAAACCAGAUGUGAAGAAAAGUAGCUCAUAUUUUUUAGAGAUUCCUCUUCAGAGAGAUAGGCCUUUUUCUACUGAAAAUUCAAAAUCACAGAUUGUCAAACCUUUUCAGUUUAAAAAUGUAACUAAGAGGAAGUUUCAACAUACCAGAGAGAAGUGGGAUAUUAAAUCACGAAAAGAGAGAGCUCCACGUGGAGACAUACCAGUACACAUGGUUCUGCCCUUCACAUCUAAAAGCGACUUAGCUUUAUUUCCUUCUAGUGAAUCGGUUACACGGUGGCCAACACCAAGUGGUAGGACAAAAGAAAAAAUAGUAAACAUCUGCACUGAUGUAUUGACAAAUUCCACAAUAGCUCAGGCAUGCUCUCAGUAUUUGGAAAAACACAUGUUAGAAGCUAUUGGCAUAUGUGUAUUAGAUGUCACUCUGACCGAUGAACCUGACUGGGCUAAAUACUCUAUCCCACUGCUUGAAUCUCGUUGUGAAGAGGAAGUCCUGAGACAGCAUGUAGACUUGACGAAAGAUGAGAAAGGGUUAUAUCUCCAAGAUAUAAUUCGUGCUCUUAGUUGUCCAGAGGGCUGUAAUGAUCAUGGCCAGUGUGUAGAAGAAAACUGUCUUUGUGAUAAAGAUUAUUAUGGAAUAGAUUGCAGUUUGUACAAAGGUUCAGAAGAAAUAUUUACUUUACAAGAAGCAGGAAUAGAAGGUCUGUGUGAUGAUUUAACCUCAUCCUGUAGUCAAGUGAGAGUCACAGGAAGUAAUUUUAAAGCCUCCUUAACUUUUUCAUGCAAGGUCACAUUAGUCAAGUUUGACAACAAUACUGGUGACUUUCACAUUGCAGGGACUAUUUCCAUCUUGUCAGCCUCUUAUUUGGACAACCAGACAAUACAAUGCCCAUUACCAGAUACUGCUGAGAGAAGAAUUACUGCUGGUUCAGAAACAACAUGGGAAAUCAAGAUUAGCAAUGACCAUGUUGAGUUCAGUACACCAGUUUAUGUGACAGUGUAUAAUUCAUCAUGUCAGUCCUGUGUUCCAGGUCAUCCACCACUGUGUAAAGUACAUGACCUGUUGGGUCAUGACGCAGUUUUGGCAUGGACCCAUCUCCAAGCUCCUUAUCUGAAGGACCUCUGCAUGGCACCGAUUUUGGUCCAUCAGCAUUCUACCCUUACUAACUUGGUAACUCGUUUGUCGCAGUCGGGGCUGAGCAUGAUAGAAGUUUUACCAUGUAAAUGUGAAAAUAAAGGCAAAUGUGUAAAAUCUUCAUACUACAAGGCUGGAAAUGGAAACUACACCUGCAGCUGCAACCCUGGAUUUACAGGUGAAUUUUGUGAGUUUGAAGUUGAUCCAUGUGCACCUAACCCUUGUUCUCAUGGCAUGUGUAUCAUAAGUAGUAAAGGAUUUCAGUGUGUGUGUUAUGUAGGAUUUUCAGGUGAAUUUUGUGAAAUCCAGUCUGACCCAUGUGUUCAUAAUCCUUGUGAUCAUGGUCUGUGCAUUAUUGAUGGGAAAGGAUUUCAGUGUAUCUGUGAUAUAGGGUUUUCAGGUGAAUUUUGUGAAGUGGGUAUUGACCCUUGUCUGUCUAAUCCUUGUUAUCAUGGGGUAUGUGUUGGAAGAGGAAGUGGAUUUCAAUGUAUCUGUGAUGUAGGAUUUUCAGGGUUGUUUUGUGAGGAACAGCAAGAUAAAUGUACAUCAAAACCUUGCUAUCCUGGUGUGACCUGCUCCAGUGUUGAUGGCCAUUUCAUAUGUGGCACAUGUCCAGCAGGAAUGACUGGAAAUGGUGUUUCUUGUUUUGUAGCCCUUUGUCAUCUUACUUGUUUGAAUGGAGGACUGUGCUUUAAUCAAGAUUCUUGCUGGUGUCCUCGUGGUUUCACUGGGAAUCGUUGUGAGACAGCUGUGUGUGACCCACCUUGUAUUAAUGGAGGACGGUGUCUCGGAGGGAAUAAGUGUGCUUGUCAGUAUGGUUAUGUUGGAAGAAUAUGUGAAACAGCUGUUUGCUCUAGAAGUUGUCAAAAUGGAGGACUCUGUAAAACUCCCAAUAAGUGUUCUUGUUUAUCUGGCUGGAGAGGUCCUACUUGUGAAGAACCAGUGUGCGAUCCUGUUUGUCAAAAUGGUGGCACAUGUUCACAACCUAAUCUUUGUACUUGUCCCCCAGGUUUCUUUGGUGUUGAUUGUAGUUCAAGUAUUUGCCAUCCACCCUGCCACAAUGGAGGCCACUGUAUGCGACAUAACAUCUGCAGUUGUCCAAAGGGUUGGAUUGGGGCAAGAUGUUGGAUUCCUGUUUGUGAACCAAGAUGCCUUAAUGGAGGACGAUGUUGGAAACCAAAUAAGUGUUCUUGCCCAUCUGGUUGGAGAGGAAGAAGAUGUCAUAAAGCAACAUGUUUAGUGAGGUGUAGAAAUGGAGGAACAUGUGUGAAACCUAAUAUCUGUGUUUGCCCUCCAGGAUUCAAAGGACUGCAUUGUGAAGAGCCCACCUGCUCUGAGAGUUGUUAUCAUGGAGGAAAAUGUGUAAGUCCUGGAAAUUGCCUCUGUUAUCCAGGUUACAGUGGAAUUAACUGUGAGAUUUCUCAAAAAAAAAACAUUCACAAACGAAGAUAUCAAAUAUAUAGACAUAGACAUGGAUACAGACUGCAGAACCUGUUUACACACGUUCAUGAUGCAUAAAUGCAUAGCUAUAAUGAUACAUGUACUUAUGAGAACUUUGCAACAAGAAAUAGAAAUUCCAUAGUUGUGUUUGAACAGUUUUAUUGUAUUGGAAUAGAAGUUUUCUGCCUUAAAUAAUAGCACUGUAAUUUCUCAGUUAACAGAAAAGGUUUGUGGAUUUUUUUGAUUUUUUUUUAAAGUAAUAUCCUGAACUACUUUGUUUCAAGCCAGUAUGCUAAAGUCACAAGAACUAUCAACCAACCAUAUAACUUACAAAAAAAUGUGCUUGCUGGACUGCUAAAAACGUUUUUAGAAAUGAUUGGUGCAAGUCUGAGAAAAUUUGUUUAAUCUAUUCUUGUUCUUCAUUGGGUAUAAAACCCUAAGUUUUGGAGAAUAAAAAUAAUCUAAGGAUACCAAAUGAAUCGAGCAUAUUUUGUCUACUGGCCUUCAUAAAUUUUUGUAGAAAACUAAAAGGUAUCAUAGAUACAAUCUUGCUCUUGGAAAUCUGUUAAAAAAGCAUUAUACUCUAUCUCAAACCCAAGAAACACCUUGAAUAAAGUCUUAUUUAAACAAACACUUAAAGUAGAUUUUUGGUAAUUAGUAUGGCAGAUGAUUGACCUUAAAUAACUUCAUAAUCAAUACCUGUAAAGAUAAUAAGUCAUCAAAGAUCAGUAUUUUAUAUAGCUCUUACAACAGUUGAAAUGAAAUAAAUCAGAUUAUUUACCUUUUAAAUGUUGUUUUAUUCUUGUAUUGAUUUCUAUAAGAUAUACAGUGACAAGUUAGUGAAGUAUUGAAGGAAAUAUAAGCUUAUUGUUAAAUCAGUUUUCAGCUUUUGAUACUGUUUGAAAUUAUUUUGAUUUAUACCAAGUUUUGCAACUAAAAAGCAUGGUCACAAGUAAAUAGACACAACCUUUUC